GGAAGCAGCUCAUAUCAUGGUGAUCAGAAGACUUGGCAGGCGCCUCUCUUCAUACACAAAUAUAUAUAUACCAAAGCCACCUCUAAUUCCCAUCUCCUCCAGUCCAUCCUACCACUUUAGUUACCACUCAGUUAAUCCCUAUCAGGGUAUUAAUUUACUGUUCGGGUUAAGACUGUUACAACCCAAUCAUUUCUCCUCUGAACCUUCUUGCAUUGUCUCACACGUGAGAUUUUGGGGGAUACCUCACAUCCAAACCUUAACACUUUCCUAGAAGAAGAUUCAUUAAGCCAAAGAAUCAUCCCUGCUUUCUGAUGGCUUCCAGUCUAGAGCAAAACCCUGCUUUCUUAAAUCCUCUGCAGAAUCACCUAAUAAAAAGCCCAAAUCCUACAAUAGGAUCUCUGUAGCAUCUCUGACAAAGACACCCUGAAAUUCUCCAUAGUUCAUAGUCCAAUAAUAAAACCAACUUAAUUUGUGCUUCUUUAUAGUCUUUGACUAAGAGCUCUGACAAAAACACGAGAUUGAUAUCUUCAAAAUAUACAUAAUAAUAAACACGAUUUACACCCAAAUCAAAAUCAAAAUUUCGGAGGAUAGGAAUAAUCACAAGAGGAGAAAUACAAGUGGCUUCUUAAACAUUGAAAAAAACGUUUUAUUACAAAUGCAUGAAAGGAUGCUGCUGAUUAAGUUGAUGGGCCCUUCACUAAAAAUUUGAAUUCAGUUGCCUCUGCUGCCCCUUCCCUGUUAGUCUCAAGACAAACAGCCUGAGAUUACCCUGUAUUUGGGGAAGGUUGUCCUUUACAAUACGCUCGGAUGGUAGGAGAACAGGGGUCACCGGGCUGCUUCUGAAAGGAGCACCGGCUCAGCUGGAGCUUAAGUCUACAAGCGGACUGUGGGCAUGGUCCUCCGACCGAGCCGCCGAGUUGCGGGCGCAGCUGGGCCUCGGGGGAAGGACGUUCUAGCCGGCCGGUUACUCGGUGGUAGGGCUUCCAGCCGCCUGGCUUCUGGGCGCCGCCAUGUUGGCAGAGGAGGGCUCGAGCCAUGGCUGCGGGAGCGGGAUUCCGCACGCGAGCGGAACCAGCUCAGCCCGGGAGAUGCUGGAAGUGCGGCCUGGGCUGUACCUGGGUGGGGCGGCGGCAGUCGCAGAGCCGGAUCACUUAAAGGAGGCCGGCAUCUCUGCCGUGUUGACGGUGGACUCAGAACCUGGUUUCAAGGAGGGGGUUGGGUUCGAAGGUCUACGGAGCCUCUUCGUGCCAGCCCUGGACAAACCCGAGACCGACUUGCUCAGCCAUCUGGAUCGGUGCGUGGCCUUCAUCAGCCAGGCCCGCUCGGAGGGCCGUGCGGUGUUGGUGCACUGCCAUGCAGGCAUCAGUCGAAGUGUUGCUAUAGUGACUGCUUUUUUGAUGAAGACUGACCAUCUUACCUUUGAAAAAGCCUAUGAAAAUCUACAGACUCUCAAACCUGAAGCUAAGAUGAAUGAGGGGUUUGAAUAUCAACUGAAAUUAUACCAGGCAAUGGGAUAUGAAGUGGAUACCUCUAGUGCAAUUUAUAAGCAGUAUCGCUUACAAAAGGUUACAGAGAAGUAUCCAGAACUGCAAAAUUUACCUCAAGAACUCUUUGCUGUUGACCCAACUACCAUUUCACAAGGAUUAAAAGAUGAAGUUCUCUACAAAUGUAGAAAAUGCAGGCGAUCCUUAUUUCGAAGUUCUAGCAUUUUGGAUCAUAACGAAGGAAGUAGGCCUGUAGCCUUUGCCCACAAGAGAAUGACACCAUCUUGCAUGCUUGCCACAGGGAAUCAGGCUCAAUGUACAUCUUAUUUCAUUGAACCUGUACAGUGGAUGGAAUCUACUUUGUUGGGAGUGAUGGAUGGGCAGCUUCUUUGCCCAAAAUGCAGUGCCAAGUUGGGAUCCUUUAAUUGGUAUGGUGAACAGUGCUCAUGUGGUAGAUGGAUAACACCUGCCUUUCAAAUACAUAAGAAUAGAGUGGAUGAAAUGAAAAUGCUGCCAGUUUUGGGAUCACAAACAAGAAAAUUAUGAACUUGCUUGGAAAGAAAUUUGUUGGUGAUAUGUGCCACCCUUGCUUAUUAUCAUUUAUGGCAGUUUUUAGGCCAGUAUUUCAUUUGGAAUGUGAGAAGAUAAAAUCACUUGAUGUAACAUGGAAACUAUACUUUGUUAGCUUAUUACAUGACAUAGGUGGAAUACUUUACAUGGAAAUCAAAGCUUUUUAAUCAUGGAAAUUUUAUUUGACUUGAUAUUAAAGUCUUUUGUAACCUGGA